AUGACAUCCAAGCAUCCAUACCAGCUGCUCCCUAUCGACGAGAGAGUCAAGCGAGUUCUGGCCACGACCCCUCUUAUAGACGGCCAUAAUGAUUUACCUCAGCAGCCCAGAGCUUGCUUCCACGGCAAGAUACACAAUAACGAGAAAUUCGAUCUAGAAAAUGGGUUCGAGCGUGGAAUGACAGAUAUUCCUCGUCUCAAGCAAGGCGCCGUGGGUGGCCAAUUCUGGUCCGUCUGUGUCCCUUGUCUCAGAUCAGCAGAGAACUUCACCACACCGGAGUACUCAGACAUGGCUCGAGAUGCCAUUGAGCAAAUCGAUCUAACUCUUCGCCUGGUCGAGUCUUAUCCAGAGACAUUCCAACUUAUUAGUGGUCCUUCGGAAGUCAAGGAUGUUUAUGCCAGUGGUAAGAUCGCUUGCUCGAUUGGCAUUGAGGGGCUUCAUAUGGCUGGCAACAGUAUCGGUAUUAUAAGAGCGUUCUACAGGCUUGGGGUAAGAUAUUGCACUCUCACUCACGUGUGUAAUAAUGCCUUUGCGGAUAGCUCCACUUCAAAGAUCGGACCCGUCCAUGGUGGGCUUUCUGACUUAGGAAGGGCUGCUGUCAAGGAGAUGAAUAGACUCGGCAUGAUUAUUGAUCUUUCUCACGUGUCGGAAGACUGCGCGAAACAAGUUCUCAAUCUUUCCAGAGCUCCCGUCAUGUUCUCUCACUCCAACGCAAAAGGAGUAUUCGACUGCCCUAGAAAUGUUCCUGAUCAUAUCCUCGAUAAAGUACCCUCCAAUGGUGGUAUCGUCAUGGUCACCUUCGUCCCGGAGCAUGUCACAACGCGCCGAUGCGAUGCCAAGAUGGAAAUGGUGGUCGAUCAUCUCUUUUACAUCGCCAACCGCAUUGGCUGGGAUCACGUUGGUCUUGGAUCUGAUUUCGAUGGUAUUGCUAGCGUCAUCCCCGGCCUUGAGGAUGUAAAAUGCUAUCCUCAUCUUUUGAAGGCUAUCCUUGAUCGUGGAGCGAGUGAAGAGCAGUUGGCCAAGGUGAUUGGCGAGAAUAUUCUUAGAGUCUGGGCAGGCGUCGAGAAAGUGAGAGAUCUGAUGAAAACCGAGGGAGUGCUCCCGGUGGAGGAUGUGUUUAAGGAUCGGAGGUGGUGGAGAUAUGAUGGGUAUUAUCAGAUGGAAGAUCCUGAUCCUGAGGAUAAGCUUGGGCUUGACUGGUAUGGGGUACCCCCACCAGAUGAGGGUCUAUACCGUAAGGAAUAG